AUGGCAGCAAAUCAAGAAUCACCAGGUGGUACAUUUGGUCAAGUCGUCGGUAGCCAAUCUGGUCAAGAAGGCAUGAGCAACAAAGCAACAGCUUCUGCCAGUACCACAGGUGGUACAAGUACGGAGGGUAACAAAGAAUCACCUGGUGGUACAAUGCACAAUGUAAGCGACGUUCAUACUGGAGGAGGAUCAGGAUCAUCGGCACUUCAACAAGGUGGUACAAGUGAAGGUGAAACGGGUAAAACACCCUAUUCACAAGGCACCGGUCAUACUUAA